GGAUGAACAUCCCUGCCGAGGACAGCCACACUCCUCCCCUGGCAUGGCACAGCUACAAAUCUUGUGACUCAAAGCAUAUCUACAGUAACUUUCUGGACUUCGAAGUGUCCCUGUGGAGUAGGCAUGGGCAGCUCGGCUGCGGAGAUGCAGUGUCAGCCCCAACUAACGCUUAUUUCGGGAGUGGAUCUGGGACUAUCUGGCUGGAUGAUGUUAACUGCAAUGGGGAGGAAAAGCUCCUCACUGAGUGCUCGCUGCAGGCUUGGGGAGAGCACAACUGCAGGCACAGCGAGGACGCGGGUGUUGUGUGCUCAGGUUGGCCCAAGGACUGCAGCAAGAUCCCCACUGGCAGCCCCAGUGACGUCUAUGUCAUCCAGCCCACAGGACUGCACCCCAUCGUGGUGUACUGUGAAAUGAAUGCAACAGACGGGGGCUGGAUGGUCAUCCAGAGGAACCGGCAGAGCACAGAGAUCACCUGGGCCGAGUCCUGGAGCACCUACAAGUACGGCUUUGGGAACGUGCACACUGAGUACUGGCUGGGCACUGAGUACAUCCAUCAGAUGUCCAAGCAGAAGAUCUACCAGGUCAGAUUUGUCAUCUGGGAUGCUGCAAACAACACCAAGUUUGCAGACUACAACCUCUUCAGUGUGGAAGAUGAGUCCCAGGGCUACCGGCUGAGGCUGGGAACGUACUCAGGGUUGGCAGGGGAUGCCAUGACCACGAACAGUGCUUCCACUAUGCACAAUAACAUGAAGUUCUCUGCUAAAGAUCUGGAUCAGGACACUUCCAGCGGGAACUGUGCCUCCAGCUAUGGUGGGUGGUGGUACUCAGCAUGUUAUUCUGUACAGCUGAACGUCGAGGGGGGCAUAACAUGGGGCAGCCUGUGCAAUGGGAACUGCAAAGCUUCCGCCAUCCUCAUCAAACCAACUUCCUACUGCUAG